UUAGUUCCUGAUAUAAAAGAUCCCAUUGACAUCUCCAUGCUGUCCAUUGACAUGGAAAACAAGGAAAAUGGAUCGCUGGACAAAGAAAACUUGGUAGAGAAUGGAAGACCUCCUGAUCCGGCUGACUGGGCAGUUACAGAUGUGGUGAAUUAUUUCAGAACAGUGGGCUUUGAAGAACAAGCAAAUGCUUUUCAAGAACAGCUUGGGAGAUUUCAGAGUAGAGACCAUGACAGGCAAAUACUUGAUAUUGCAAAGACCUGGGUUCAUAUCUCCUCUUAA